CCUCCUCCCAACGCCACCGCGCAGCCAGCCACAGAGCUCGACGGCUCUCUCUCUCGAGAGGAGGGAUCAGCCAACGCGAAGCGCUUGCUCACUUUUUGAUACUUCCUCCUCGCCGCUGAAUCCGCCGACGCCGCCGCAAUGGCGAAUGCAGCAUCUGGAAUGGCUGUGGAUGAUGAGUGCAAGCUCAGGUUCCUGGAGCUGAAGGCGAAGAGGACCUACCGAUUCAUCAUUUACAAGAUAGAUGAGAAGAAGAAGAUGGUCGUUGUGGAGAAGGUUGGCGAGCCUAUACUGAACUAUGACGAUUUUGCUGCUAGCCUCCCUGCCAAUGAAUGCAGAUACGCAAUAUUUGACUACGAUUUCGUGACCGAGGAGAACUGCCAGAAGAGCAAGAUAUUCUUCAUUGCAUGGUCUCCUGAUACAGCGCGUGUGAGAAGCAAGAUGAUUUACGCGAGCUCGAAGGAUAGGUUCAAGAGGGAGCUCGACGGCAUUCAGGUGGAGCUCCAAGCGACAGAUCCAACUGAGGUUGGUCUGGACGUGAUCAGAGGCCGUGCAAACUGAGCAUAGCUGUGUUCUUGCAGCUACCUACUGUAUGAAGUAUGAGCCUCAGAUGAGAAUUUAGAGCUUAGCCUGAGGCAAUGGUUAUGACUUUGUUAUCAUCUACUACUAUCCUGGGGACGGUGUAAGGCUGUAAUCUAUGUGCGUUGCAAUGAUAAGGCUAUCCUUUCUGCGUUUGAUCAUG